AUGUUCGCCAACUUGAACCGCUCUUUGAUGCGCCAGUCGCGUCUUUUUUCCACUUCCAACGUUCAAUUGGGCUCGAAGGUGUUUUUCGACACUAGUAUCAACGGGACCAAACAGGAUAGAAUCGAAUUCGACUUGUACACUGAUGUUGUUCCCAAGACUGCCGAAAACUUCAGAGCGCUUUGUACUGGUGAAAAGGGUUUCGGUUACAAAGGUGUUCCUUUCCACAGAGUCAUCCCCAGCUUCAUGUUGCAAGGUGGCGACACUGACUUGACCAGCGGCUACGGAGGAAAAUCUAUCUACGGCAGCAAAUUCCCUGAUGAGAAUUUCAUCAAGAAACAUGAAAAGCCCGGCCUUUUGUCCAUGGCCAACUCCGGUCCCAACAGCAACGGCUCUCAAUUUUUCAUCACUACGGUCCCUUGUCCUUGGCUGGACGGCAAGCAUGUGGUCUUUGGUGAAGUUUCCAAGGGACUGGAAGUCGUGAAGCUCAUUGAGUCGUACGGAACCAUGUCUGGAAGACCUCGUGCCAAAAUUGUCGUUGAGGAAGCUGGCGAGUUGUAA